AGCCGCCGCGGCCGGGCCUCCCGCCGCGCUCGGCCGCUGCCCAUGGCGGCCGAGGAGGAGGGCGACGUGGACUGGGUGGUGGACAGCAUCGCCGGCUUCCUGCGGGGGCCCGCCUGGUCCAUCCCCAUCCUGGAGUUCAUGGAGCAGAAGUGCGAGGUUUUUGAUGAUGAAGAAGAGAGCAAGUUGUCGUACACAGAAAUUUAUCAGGAGUACCAAGCUUUGGUUGAAAAAUUACUAGAAGGUUAUCUUAAAGAAGUUGGAAUCAAUGAAGAGAAAUUUCAAGAAGCUUUUUCAUCUCCUCUUGCAAAGACACACACUUCACAGGCCAUUUUGCAAACAGUGUUGGCAGCAGAAGAUUUCAGAUUAUUUAAAGAAAUGAUGGUACAGAAAAAUAUUGAAAUGCAAUUGCAAGCUAUUAGAAUCAUUAAAGAAAGAAAUGGUGUGUUGCCUGACUGUUUGACGGAUGGUUCUGAUGUAUUCAGUGAAAUUGAACAAGAAGAAAUGAAAAUCCUCAGGGAAGUCCUAAGGAAGUCUAAGGAAGAAUAUGAAUUAGARCAAGAAAGGAAAAGGACCAAAGAGGCACAUGAUAAAUUUAAACCAGAUGUUACAAACAGUUUUCCAGGAGAUACCAGAGAAGCUGUAAAAGUUAAAGAGUCCACUGAGGGAGCUGUUGCUUUUGAAGGAACUCUACAGUUUUCAUUAGAGGAAUCACAGAGACCUGCAAGGAGAGAAUUAAAACCAGUGCAGCCGUUACCAAAAGGAACAGAGAGCGCGUCUCAACCUUCCUGUACCAAAGUGAAAGACGACCCCAAGAAAAGGGCAGCUGGAAAACAUUCUGAAAACGCAGCACAAGAUGCAGGGAUGAAAGGACCUAAUUUAUCGGAACUCGAAGAACAGCAGCUGAGGCAACGAGAGGACUACUUAAAGAAGAAGAGAGAUAUGCUGAUGGCUACGAAGAAGGAGUCGAGAACAAAUGUACUGUUACCAGCAACUACUGACCGGAAAGAGGAGGAAUCAUCCCCGAAAGAGACAAUGUCAGAAGAGAAACAAAGACUACUACAGAAGAGGAAGAUGCUGGCAGAAAAACUGAAAGAAGARGUUAUUAACAAGCGGUGAAUUUAAGAAGGUCGCUAACUGCAGAAUGUAACAACAUGAGUAGUUUCUAGAAUAAAUUAUCUAACAAUAAGCGGAUGGAUUUGCUUUCAGAUAUAAUCACACUUAAUUUUUUAGAGCUUUCACAUAAAUAAUUAUUCUCUUUGAAUAUUUSGAAUUACAUUGAAAUACACUUAAAGCACACAUACUUCCCAGAAUGCUGUGGACUUGCAGACUUCUGCUGGAAUGUGCUCGGAAGGGAGGCCAUAGAACAUCACCUCAGCACGCCAGUUCUGUCAACUGCUGACCUCAGCCGUACCAUAAGUAGAACAAAAAUCAUAUACUGAUUAAUUACCAUUAAAAAUAAUUAUUAAAAUCAUACCUAGGAAUGUAAAUGAUUUUGAAUGAUGCUUC